AUGUCUGAUGGUGCGGGCUACCAAGUUUUUGUUGGCAGCCUCCCCGCUGACAUCUCCGAGGAGGAGCUGAAGUAUGUCUUUCAAAGCUACGGCGAUGUGAAGAACAUUCGAAUCUUGAGAGCAGAAGAUCGAAAAGGGAAGGGCAACCAAGGCUCUGGCAACCCUGAUUCCAUCGCAUGGGUCACCUACUUCGAGAAGGAGCCUUGCGAGGAUGCGAUCGAUGUGCUGAACGAUCAGUACAAGCCGAACGCUCAGACGAGGGAUGCUUCCGAAUGGAAGGGCAACGACGAGUUGGGCAGCUAA